ACUGCAUUCUUGCACCUACGGCACGACUAUUCACUGCCGCCAGACCAAGAAUGUCUUGAGCAACUCGGAGUUCAUGCACAUCAGCCUAGCUACCACAGUUCCGGAAGCGUCGAUCCUCUCCGACGUGACGACGGCUUGGGACAUUCGAGCGGCAGCAUGUUCUCACUGUCGUCCAACAACUUCAUUACAGAUCGAUCGGUAACGACCACUGACCACGAAAGGUAUCACCCAAGUGCGACAAGCUUUGCUGCCGCUACCGGAGACAGUUCUGGUUCAAUCUCAACCAGUCCCAGCUCUGCCACGUCCUCACUGGCCUACACUGCAAACUAUCCAAACCAUUACACAGCGUAUGCCGCGCCUGUCGCACCUGUCCAACAUUUUGUCAACCAUUCUGGACUAAGACUUGCUGCCUGGCGAUCUCCAGCCCCAGCUCUAGGCCAUUCAUUGUCGCCAUCCACAACCAGCAUCACCACUCGAGACUACAUCCACACAGGUAAUCUCCCUACUCCAAGUCACCUCUCUUCUCCUCCAGCCUCCACCUACACUGGGUACUCAGAGACUCCGCGUUCGUUGACUGGCAUUGCAACCCCUCUGUCUCCGCCUUCAAACUCGCUUUUGUCAGCACAGAUGGCUUCUCUGAGCACCACUGGAUAUGGAACGCAUCGAAGCGAAUGCCAGAACUUCCCUUGGGUACAGCACGAGAGCCUCCACAACCUCGAAUGCGAAGGUCAGGAAGUUGUCCCUAGAAUUCAUGCAAAGAUGGAGAAGGGGUUCUUCUUGUCUCCUGAUAGAUCCUGGACAUGUUACCGACGCAACUACUUCUCUGUCACUUGCUCGUUUGAGCUGACACCACACAUCGGAAAUGGAAGACUCUGUCUCAACGGUCAAAGAGUCCAGGCUAUGGGCAUGAAGUUGACUGCAGCCGUCGACGGACAGACCGGAAAAGGAGUUGAACUUAUUCAACAUACACCCAAGCGAGACCGAGGCCCCAAGAAUGCGAUCCCAAUAAUCAAGAUAUCACCUACUCCGCCGAAUGGACGUCCUGCUGAGUCAACUCUCAGUCCUCAUGGUGUGUACCAUGUCCCGAUGUCUUCGUUCCAUGCCACUGGUGUCCCCACUGGCCCCCACCUUCCCUUCCAAAACACGCGCGACGACUCUCCUGCAUCAAGUCGUUCAACCUCCCCUACUGGCCGAAGACAUGAGUACACCUUUGGUCAUCUUGCCAGCAGUCAGUUGCCUAUGCCAGGUCAGAACAUCCAACAUACAUUCGAGCGCGUGCAAUUCAAGUCGGCUACGGCCAAUAACGGCAAGCGAAGAGCAUCGCAGCAAUACUUCCACCUCAUGGUAGAACUGUGGGUCGACGUUCGUGAAGACGAAACCAGAAAACCGAAGUGGGUCAAGAUUGCUUGCGCUAUCAGCGACAAAGUGGUGGUACGCGGUCGGAGCCCCAGCCAUUACAAGGCCGAGAACCAAGGGNGUGGUUCUUCAUCCACAGGCCGUGGGGGAAGCACUGGAGGCUAUGGUAAUUCGAGUGGAAGUUAUGGGGGCCUGAGUCGUGGCAGUUUCAGUGGUACUGGCUAUGCCACCGGACCAGGCAACACUGGAGGCUUCCGUGCCAGUCAGCAGUACCAGUCAGCAGCCUCGCCUGAGCAAGGUUACUCUUCCAGCGCUGAAUCAAGCGUGGCCGAAGCUGUCGACAUGAAGCAUAACCUCGAAGCCGAGCCCACUCACGACGAAGACAUGACCAUGCAAGACUUUGCUGGAUAUCAGUACAUACCGACAACUUUGUACGACGGUAUCUCCGUGCAGGGCAAAGCGGACAGCCCAAACACGACCUCGGGAGCCGCACAGACUGGCGAUAAGAAGUUCCCAAUCCGCGACGAGUACCCUGAAGCACUACCUGGAACACAGUGGAGCAUGGGCAACUGCAAUCGCUUCCAGGGGGUGGAAAGCAGCCGAGGAUACUAUCCAGCAUUCAGCACCACUGGGUUC